AUGCCUUUUGGCGACCCGCCCGACUACGUGCAUCUGAGGACUAACGAGAGUCAAAUGCAGCUAAUAUCAAUGGGAGAACAACCUGAGACGCCUAGCGGAUCACCAUGUUUCAAUGCUCCCUCCACACGGGAAGAUCCGCCGGCAGUAGUAUUCGUUCCAGGAAAGGUAGGUCUACGAGUUUUGCUCUCAGUACAAUCUGAACUUUUUUUGCACUGGCGAACGCUGGCUAAUCCGGUAAUUACGGUAAUUAUUGGGGCCUUCCUGCGUUCAGCUGCAUUCACUGGAGCCGAUCAGGCAACAUUUGCACAUGCAGUUGUUGACGAAUUCGAAACCAUCAACUUAUUGGGUCGUUAG